GCCGGCGCAGGGAGCGGCCUCGGGGGACGCCGCUUCCCCCCACGGGUCUAGCUGCAUCCAGUACGCGCCGCCUCCGACGUCUACGGGAACAGGAACGUCGGGGGGUGGGAGUGGUGGUGGUGGUGGUGGGGGGAAGAGCCAGCUGCAGCAGCUGCUAUCCACUGAUCCGGCUAAGAGUGGCAGUACUGGUAACAACGACGGUCUGACCAAGCAACAGCUCGACCUCAUACAUCAAAUCAUGGAGCAGACGCAGCGACAAUCGCAAGCGGUGGUUGCGGCGGCCAGCAAGUCGUCCACAUCUAAACCCACUUCAUCGAAACCGAGCAGCGGAGGCAGUAGCAAAUCGUCCAGUAAAUCACACCAUCAGAGCAAAUCAUCGUGGUUGUCAUCAUCGGGCCAGCAGCAACCGUCCUCCAGCAAACCGCCCUCUAGCGGCGGCUCGACGGGGGGCGGCACCUCCGGCCCCCAGGCCAAGGUGACUUCCGCCUCCGCCACCAGCACCACCAAGCCGGAGCCGAAGCCUGUCGAGUGCAACCUGUGCCACCGGAAGUUCAAGAACAUCCCGGCGUUGAACGGCCACAUGCGGUUGCAUGGGGGCUACUUCAAAAAGGACUCGGAGAACAAAAAAAACGAGAAGAAAGACCCCACCGGCCCCCCACUCCAGACUGCCAGCUUCAGCGUGCGCGCCCUCAUAGAAGAGAAAAUCAUCAACAAGCGCAACACCCACACCCCCCAAUCCACCCCUGCCACUCCGCAAGAAGAGAAAGCCGCGCCGCCGCUCUUCCCCCUCGCCGUGCAUUCCACCUCCUCCUCCUCAUCCUCAUCCUCCUCCUCCUCAUCCUCCAACAACACCGAUCUGGAGUCAAAGAUCUCCUCGUUCGUCGUGCCCGCUCCGCCGCAGAAUACCGAGAAGAACCGAAGACAUUCCGACGCAGACACGUUCAGAAGCUCCAGCAGUACGCAACAGGAGGCCCAAGCGAUAGCCGACUUGAUCCUGAAGCGGGAGAAGGCCACCGCCAAGAGGACCACUUCCGAUCCCGGCCGGCAGAGUUCGCCACUCAUCCAGUUCCAGGCCAGCGAUUCGUUCACGCUGGCCAAUGUGACUUACCAGUCGGAGGAAGCGGAGUUCAUAUCGUCCAGCCUUCAGGAUGAGGUCUUCACGCAAGUCCAGGACAGUAUGCUACUCCAAGAUGUGGAUACCAACCAACUAGCCUCCAUACAGUUCCAAACAGAGUCAUUUCAAGGCCAAAACGAGCAACAAUUGCAAGACUUCAAGCUCGACGACAUCAGUCUCGAAGAGCCAGGAGUCCAACAGUCGCCAUCCUACCAGUCCAGUCACUCCGUGAACCAAGACCUGCAGGCAGUUCUGGACUCCCCAUUACCAGAGAGUCUUGCGGAGUUCAGCACCUUCCAUACAACUAGCAACAUGGAUAUGCCUUCCCCUGGGUACCAAACGCAUUCGCCAUACGCUAGAUCGCCGCAUACUAUCACUGCUCAGUCACCGUUGCAGAGUCCUUUGAUUAGACAUGAUUCUCCUGGGUUUGCUUAUCCUACGCCACCUGCUAGUCAUGAGGGGCAAAGUCCAGGUUUCGGGCAGAGCACUAUACUUCCUAUGGUGUCUCCCAAUGGACAAGAAUUUGGACAAAUAGUAGAGAGAGGUGUGUAUGAGGAACCCCCUCAAGCAUCGUCCCCUUUAUCAGCGGCGUUCUUCACCUCAACGAUGUCGAGUUCUGAAGCAGUUGAGGAGGCUCUGGAAGAAGUUUUACCUGGCGAACCGAUCUACCCCCUCACCAAUAGUCCUUCGCCUCAGUCACCUCUCGGUUUGACUCCGGUGCCAUCCCCCAUCUCCAACAUCGUCAGUACUUCGAAUACUUCUCCAAUUCCAUCUACUACGUUCUCCUCUUCCUCAAACACCUCGACUUUUUCUAUGUCGAAUAGCUGGUGCAACGGUGUCAUGCUACCGAACUCCGAUGACCCUCUACUCUCCAGCAGCCCUAAGGAUUUCAUUCCGAAGAAGAAGAUAGAGAUCAACGGGGUUCCGAUGAGGCUCAUCAGCAACAACGGUUUGAUAGAGCUGAACAGCUCUAAUUUCGCUGGGAUACUAGUGGAUGCCAAUGGAGAAAUCAAGUUGAUACAGACUGGAGGAAAUAAUUUUCAGACCAAGAAUUUUCUGUUGGCGAACACCCAGCUGAUCGGUCAAGAAACUGGUGGUGAUGACAAAAACAAAGUACAAAAACUGAUCAAAACUGUACAAUGCACAAUACCAACGAAAAACGUUAUGCACAGGCCUAAACAAGUCAAUGAAAUCAAGAGAGAAGAUAACAACGACGUUUUCCUUAGUCCUACUUCGAUACCUGCUAGUCCAGUAAAAGUGUCUAGAAAGAGGCCUAGGACAGAACCCCUACAACUGCCAGUGUUACACCAAUCUAAAUUGAGGGCAACUAGAAGUAAACCGCAAGGCUCCGCUCCAUAUACACCUCAACCAAUACUGAAUCCUCAGAGGCCUGGCACAGGACUAUUUGCCAAUUUGAAAAACAAAGGUGAUGACGGAGUGAGUUGGAGUAACGACCCUAUCCCAGAAAGUGACUCAACACCUCACGUGAAUGUAGGAUCGAGGUUUCAGUGCAAAAUACCCCAUUUUUCAUCUGUCCCAAGGAAAGAUAGUCCGGAACCGUGCUAUGAAGAUCUCCUGUGGGAUCCUGGUAUAAAUUGUUGCAUGGAUUCUGAAGACCAACUUACAAAACUACCUGCAGAGCAAAAACAAUUAUAUGAACUGCUGAUGAAGGCAAAUCAAAAACAAACAGAGGAAAUCAAAAAGGAAAUCAAUAAUACCACGAAAACACUACAAACAGCAUUAAACAGAGCAAACAAAGAAAUAGACUACUUAAAGAAAAGGUGUGAAGACUUGGAGAAGCAGAACAAAAGGAACAACAUUGUAGUUUUUGGUAUAGAAACCGAAGAAGGAGAAGACAAACAACUACUUACAAAAACAAAGGAUAUCCUAAAUACAACACUUGAGUCCAAUAUAACAGAUGAACACAUAAAAAAUAUAUAUAAACUAGGAAGAGGAAAAAACACUCCCAUUUUGAUUGAAUUCGUCACAUACUUGAAAAAGAAAUCUUUGUAUGGAAACUUAGAGAGAUUGAAGGACCUCAACAAAAAAGGGUACUCGAUCUCGAACGAUCUCACGAAAGAGGAAAGGGAAGCCCUGAAAACAUUAAAGUAUCACCAGAAACAAGCUAGAGAACAAAAUUUGGAUGCAAAAAUAAAAGGUCAAAAACUAAUUAUAAAUGGAAAACCAUACUCAGUAGAAGAACUGGAAAACACAACGAGGAAAAACAGUCAUUGCGAAAAAUAUACACAGGACGAGAACACUAGUGACAGUGACAGUGAGAGUGGAUCUGAUAAAGAGGAGAAAGAAAAUAAAGAAGAAGAGAAGAAUCCAUCCAAGAAAAGGAAGAAAGAUAAAACAAAAACUACUCCAGUAUACACAAGAAUUGAUAUGUACUUGGAUUUUGCUUGCUGCGCAGCAGUACCAGGUGGUGGCAGGAACAAAGAAUAUGCCAUGCACCUGCUUCACAUGUGCGGAGGAAAUAUUCACGAUGCGAUGUUGAAGCUGAUGCAACCAUCUCCUAACCUACCCAAUGAUCAUCCUCUACUCGCUUAUCAGUAUUGUGAAAGUGACAAGUGGUCGUGCUCGGAAACGGAACACUUUCACAAAUCGCUGCUCAAGUAUGAUAAGGAUUUCCAUAGUAUUGCUCAAGAAAUUCGGACGAAAACCAUAAAGCAAUGUGUGCAAUUUUAUUACGUUUGGAAAAAAGUGUGUGCUGACGAACACCGUCGCAUAAAACAGCUGAGAGAGCGAAGAUAUAGCCACUGGAAGGGUUUGGAAUCAGAAAUGGACGAGAAGGUUUUCGCUGAUGCUAAACUUUUAGGGAUUGCGGAUAGUGGAUCUCCUUUGCCAGUACAAGAAACCAGAAAUUUUGUGUGUGAAUUCCCAGACUGCUCGGCUAGUUUCAACUCGCGAGCAGCGCUAAACGGCCACAUAAGGAUACACGGUGGCACCGCUCGCAAUUCCCCUACCCCCUCCGCUGCCACGACAAGUGACAGGCGACAGCCGCCCGCCCACGCCCAAUCGCACGCCCAAUCUCUCGCCCACGCCCAAUCCGGUCAGUGCCACCCCGACUCGACCGACGAGUACCCCUGCAAGAUAUGCGGGAAAGUGUUCACGAAAAUCAAAAGUCGUAGCGCCCACAUGAAAUCCCACCGACCCCCCGACGCUGAACCGGCCAAAAGGAAAGAAAAAGAGCCGCCUCCACCGCCCCACGCCUACGAGCUUUCCGUGCAGAGCCCCUUCGGCACUUAGGUAGCGGAGCGCUGCCACCCCAAUUGCAACAACAAAAACAAUCGAAUCGAAUCAAAGCAGGUAACGGGCAUCAAACAUCGCAAAAUCAAUUAAUCGGAACAGGUACCUAUUUGAAGGUGGAGAGAAUGAGAGAUCGAUAGAGACGUGCAAACAUUGAGGAUAUGGUUUUUAGAAAUCGAGAUGCGAGUAUUAUUUUAGUAUUCAGAGUGUUGCGAAAUUUGGUUACAGCUGUCGUGAUUUGAUGAAGAAUCAGAUAUGAGAACAUGAAGUCGUCGAUGACGAGUAAGCAAUUUUUUUAUAUUGAAGUUAAAAGUUCCUCUCCAUUUUCAGAACACCCUGUGACCGUAAUACACAUUUUCCAGUUGUAUUUCAUAAAGCGUCAAUUGUAGGUAUUUCAGAAAACGUCAAUUGUAUUUCAG